AAAAAAAAGGCUAUCUCUAUCCGCUUGAGCAGAGCCGAGCUCAGCUCACUGCUCAGCUCCCAUGGCAGCCGCCGCCGCCGCCGCAGCGACUGCCUUCUCCGGCGGACGGAGGAGCCCGCCCCGCACGCGUGCCGCCGCUGUUUCCCCACGCGCCGAGGUGUCCUGCAGACGCCGCGGCGGCGGCGUCCUCCCUGCUGUUCCCAGGAGGAAUGUGCUGUCAACAAUGCUAUCCACUUCAACAGUCCUAAUCUUAGGGCCAAAACAGAUCACCCUAGCUGAGACAACCGGUGGCGCAUUCAGGGAGUACAUCGACACAUUCGACGGCUACACCUUCCUGUACCCCAAGAGCUGGAUCCAAGUCAAGGGAGCUGGCGCGGACAUAUUCUUCAGAGACCCCUUCGUCCUCGAUGAGAACAUGUCAGUCGAGAUAUCAUCCCCUUCGUCGUCAAAAUACACCAGCGUCGAGGAUCUAGGCCCUCCGGAGAAGGCUGCGGAGAAGGUUCUGAAGCAGUACCUGACGGAGUUCAUGUCGACCAGGCUGGGCGUUCGGCGCGAAUCGAACGUCCUGUCGGCGUUGUCCAAGGUCGCUGACGAUGGCAAGCUCUACUACGAAGUUGAGGUGAACAUAAAAUCCUAUGCGAGUAACAACGAGCUGGCGGUGAUGCCGCAGGACAGGGUGCAAAGCCUGGAGUGGGACAGGCGCUACCUGUCUGUCCUCGGCGUUGAGAACAAGCGGCUGUACGAGCUGCGGUUGCAGACGCCGGAGCAGGUGUUCAUGCAGGAAGAGGAGGACCUCAGGAGAGUCAUGGACUCCUUCAGGGUCAUCAAGGCGGCGUAGUACGGUGUACUGGUGCAGAGAGAACUAAGUGCAUGCAAAAUAUUGCAAUGCUUUGUCUAAGCGUAGAGCACACGGAAUUUUUUUUGUAUAGCUGACCAUAACUUUGUUGAUAAAUUUGUCUUUGGAUAAGAUAUUCAGAUUAUACGUACCUAGUCUGCAAUAUGUUACGAUGCUGAAAAUUGGUGCUUAAUUUAACUGCCUCAGCAACAUGCUAUAGUUGA